AUGGCGCCCGCCGCGCUUGCACCCUCGCCCGCGCCCGCACCACUGCUGCCACUCCUGCUGCUGCCCUUGCUGCUGGCCCUCACCGCGCUGCCCGCCGCCGCGAAACUCUCGUGUUUCCAGCACGACAUUGCUCCAGAAGUCACUAACAUCCCAGAUGGCGACGAGUUUGAGCUUCAUGCGCAAGUGUGCAUGCAGGAAGCGAACGUCACCGAAGAAGAGGUGCAUGCAGCUUUCGAACAGGAUCCUAACCACGUUCCUCAAAUACUCAAGUGCCUCUGGGGUUGCAUGUACCGGAAGAUCGGAUUGCUCGUGGACGGCGAGGUGUCGGAGGAGGUGCCGGCGGGCGUGCUGGAGGACCGCCUGCACGAGUACGAGGCCCUGCGCUCCAACUGCGGCGACAAGGUGGCCGCUGCCCCCGACGAGUGCGAGAAGGGAUCUGUGCUCAGGGACUGCGCCGUGGAGGUCACCUCCACAGUAACUCCUCCACCCUCCUAGGAGGCCUCAACGUCCAUCGUGGCCGGCCGCAACUCAACCUUCGCCACGCCCACACCAACAACCGACGAUAUAUUCCUUUCCGAGCGGACUAUAGGGCUCGAACAAAACAAACACUCAUAAGAAAGAUAUUCCAGCGCUAAAUAAGGAUGCGUUAUUUAUUGAACUCUUGUAGAACACGGAAGAAAUAAUUCUAUCUUCCGCUAGUCUACGUACGGGAACACGAAAAUUGUUCCUUAAAUAUUUGUGUAUGUUCCUUAAUUUUCAUAACUUCAAUAUGUGCUCUGUGUAAUAUUGAUCUUCAUGGUAGAACAUAGCAAUGCAAAAUGCGUUUUACAACAGUAAAAGUCAUUCAUUUUCUCACAAUUAUGAACAACAUGCACAUGGGUCACACGUAAUAACACAAUAAACUGGGAAGUUCGUAGAUUAAUUCAACAUUACUAACAUGGUAAAUAAAGUAAAAAUGUCUUUGCAUUUAAAUACCGUAUUUUCAUGCAGAUUUACAACAAAAUAUAUUUUUUGUGUGGU